CACCACCACGGGUAUAUACAUACACUUGCGCGGUAUUUGAGACAUUGGGUGGUCACCCCCCGCCCCUUUCCCUCUAACCAAGCCGGCUCCAAGGCAGGCACCGCCCUCUAAUCGUGCUUCAUGAACUAUCAUGACGUUUGAAGAUUUUCAAGUAAGAAUUUAGUAAUCCUUAGCCAGUUUUCUUUGGUAACCAUUAACAUAAUUUGAAAUAAACGUAUUAAUAUAAUACAAAGUAGAUUUCGGUUGAUAAAUCGGUGUUGUAGAACGAUCUUCGAUUAAAAUUAUUCUUCGCGUAAUCCAACUCUAAAACUGCAUGACUGUGGCAAAGGAACGCGUUCACUCGGUGCAAGUGUAGGGCCAUUUCGUGAAUGGAGGGCAUCGAUUUUAUUAAAUGUUUGUUCAUUACUAGUCAUUUUGACAUCCUGGAGAAAGGCGGUUGACAGGAUGGCAGAGGAAAGCAGUGCUGUCUCAGCUCCCCCUCCUGCUGGGAUCCACAACCGCCUCGGUCGUCGGGUGAAGCUAAGUGAGCAGCAGCUCGAGAAUAUUAACCGGGAUGAAUUGUUGAGAAACUGGAGGGAACUGGACUCCUAUGUGGACAUACUUGAAACCCAGGCUGCGUCUCAAGAAGUACUGUUGGCGGAGGCUUCCUCUGAGCGGCUUGGGUUGGACACGGAGUGUUUGCUUGCAGCUGAGUUGGCCAGCCUGCGUGACAGCGAGGAACGUGCCAAGCAGCAGCAUCUGGAGUCAACCCAUCGGGAGAAAGUUCUGGUGCGGAGGCUGGCCACCAAGGAGCAGGAGAUGCAGGAGUAUGUGAAUCAAAUCGCGGAGCUGAAAGCAGCCCAGGCACCUGGGGCUGCUGCCUUGCGUUCUGCAUUGUUGGACCCUGCAGUGAACUUGCUCCUGCAGAGGUUGCGCCAGGAGCUGCUCACCACUCGGGCACGCCUGGAGGAAACCCAGAAUGAACUGAGCGCCUGGAAGUUCACACCAGACAGCAAUACAGGGAAGCGGCUGAUGGCAAAGUGUCGUCUCUUGUAUCAAGAAAAUGAGGAGCUGGGCCAGAUGAUAUCAAGUGGUCGAUUAGCAAAACUGGAAGGAGAUCUUGCAUUGCAGAAGAGUUUUAGCGAAGAAGUAAAGAAAUCCCAAUCUGAACUUGACGAGUUCCUUCAGGAUCUGGAUGAAGAUGUGGAAGGCAUGCAAAGCACCAUCUACUACCUUCAGCAAGAACUACGCAAAUCGAAGGAAGCAGUGCAACUCCUGCAACAGGAGAACAGUUCCUUGAAAUCGGGGAACUUAUCUUCAUUGGAGCAGCGCCCAGAUGCUCUGGGCAAUGGCGAUGCAUCCCGGUCUACUCUAUGCCACAAUGGAGCUCAAGAGAAAGGUUCAGAUGAAGCUCGGGGUUGGGGCCAGAGGACCAAACCGUUCCAGCAGGCCAGGACUCCUUCUCCAAGGACACAGUUAGAGACAGAGGCAGUGCAGGAACAAGGUGGGGAGAUGCGGACAAAGAGACAGGCCAGUGGGAAGAGCCCUCGCCCAGCUUUGGAGGAGGACAGUGUGUCGUGUGAUGUUGCCACACCCGAACAUGUGCGACCCCGUUCUCCUCAGGACCACCAGACAAGGACUUUCGAUGAAUCUGACGAAUCUAUGAAUGUCCACCCUCAUAGUCCGCCCGCUUCAGCUCCCCAGACCAGGGCGUGGCAACGCCCAAAAUGCAACCAUGAUUCCUCUAGCGAUUCUGAAGAGUUAAUCUUAAAACUGGAUGCAGAUGAUAUUGGCGAGGAUGAGAGUGAGGAUUUAAAAGGGGACAAUGAUAGGAAUGAUGUAGGGAGUGACAGUGAACUGAGAAAUAACAUUAAGAGCUCGGACCAUGAGGCAAGGAAUAAAGGACAGUCCCCUAAUGCAAGUGAGGUGUCCUUAAGGAAAAGGACAUGUCCUAGUGAUGAUAGCAGUAAUGAUAGUGACAAUGUCCCACUUAUUAAAAAAGUGCGUCGGGACUCGGAAAUAUCUCUACAUUAUCACGAGGAUGAAGAUGAUGAAACUGGUUUAACCAAUGGGGAAACAACUAUGCCAGCGGAAGAGGAGAGGAAAUUGAGAUAAAAUUCAUAAUUUUUUGUGAAUAAAAUUCUGUUAUUAUUUGUAAGAAUUAGAGAAAAUGCAUAAACAUUUAAUCAUUUACAUUGUAUUUUGUUAUAUAUACCCUCUUUUCCUUCCUUUGAGAACUAGCCUGUAUUGUUGACACGUUAACGAAUGUUUAGAAAGGAGUUUUGUGAGAUGAAAUUUGUGGAACGUUUCUGUAGAAACAAACGUGAGCAAGGAUUUUUAUGUUAGAAGUGAACAGAAAAAUACUGCCAGUCAACUGGAGGUCACUAAUCCAAAUGCUAUCUUUUUAGUUUGAUGUUAUGUAACAUUAAAUAUCAAAUUAUAUGGAUGUAUGUGUUUGAAAGCAUUAGAAUAGAGCAU